CAGUUCUGUUCACGUGAAAAUGGCGGAUGAAGCGGUCUGUGUUGGCCCAGCUCCCACCAGCAAAAGCUACCUCAACAUGGAUGCCAUCAUGGAAGCCAUUAAGAAAACCGGGGCCCAAGCUGUCCACCCAGGAUAUGGAUUUCUUUCAGAAAACAAAGAAUUUGCCAAAUGUCUGGCAGCAAAUGGCGUCACCUUCAUUGGACCGGACACACAUGCAAUUCAAGCCAUGGGAGACAAGAUUGAAAGCAAGUUAUUAGCUAAGAAUGCAAAGGUCAAUACAAUUCCUGGCUUUGAUGGAGUGGUCAAGGAUGCAGAUGAAGCCGUCAGAAUUGCAAGGGAAAUUGGCUAUCCUGUCAUGAUCAAGGCCUCGGCAGGUGGUGGUGGGAAAGGCAUGAGAAUCGCUUGGGAUGAUGAAGAGACCAGAGACGGUUUCCGAUUUUCAUCUCAAGAAGCUGCUUCCAGUUUUGGUGACGAUCGGCUACUAAUUGAGAAGUUUAUUGAUAAUCCCCGUCACAUAGAAAUCCAGGUUUUGGGAGAUCAGCAUGGAAAUGCUUUGUGGCUUAAUGAAAGAGAGUGCUCAAUUCAAAGAAGAAAUCAAAAGGUGGUUGAAGAAGCACCAAGCACUUUUUUGGACUCCAAGACUCGCAAAGCCAUGGGAGAACAAGCAGUCGCUCUUGCCAAAGCCGUCAAAUAUUCCUCUGCAGGAACCGUUGAAUUCCUUGUGGAUUCAAAGAAGAAUUUUUACUUUUUGGAAAUGAACACAAGACUUCAGGUUGAGCAUCCCAUCACCGAAUGCAUUACUGGCCUGGACCUAGUCCAAGAAAUGAUCCGUGUUGCUAAGGGUUACCCUCUCAGGCACAAACAAGAUGAUAUUCCCAUCAACGGCUGGGCGGUUGAAUGUCGAGUUUAUGCUGAGGAUCCCUACAAGUCUUUUGGCCUGCCUUCUAUUGGGAGAUUGUCUCAAUACCAAGAGCCAUCAUGCCUUCCUGGAGUCCGUGUAGACAGUGGCAUCCAACAAGGAAGUGAUAUAAGCAUAUAUUAUGAUCCGAUGAUCUCAAAACUAAUUUCAUACGGUUCUAGUAGAAGUGAAGCACUGCAGAGAAUGGAAGAAGCCCUCGAUAAUUACGUCAUCCGAGGUGUCACUCAUAAUAUAGCUUUGCUGAGAGAAGUGAUAAUCCACUCACGCUUUGUUCAAGGGGAUAUCAACACUAAAUUUCUUUCUGAUGUGUAUCCUGAUGGUUUUAAAGGGCACAAGUUGACAGAAACAGAAAGAAAGCACCUAUUGGCUACAGCAUCUUCUUUAUAUGUGGCUGCGCAGUUAAGAGCCCAGCAAUUUGUGGGUAAUUCAAGGAUUCCCAUUCUUAAACCACAAAUGAAGAAAUGGGAGCUGACAGUAAAGCUGGGAGAUGAAAUUCAUGACAUCGUAGCAUCAAACAAUGAAUCAGAAUUCUCCGUGGAAGUUGAUGGAACGCAACUGAAUGUGACCAGUCAGUGGAACCUGGCUUCACCCUUAUUACCUGUCAACGUCGAUGGCACCCGAAGGAUCGUACAGUGCCUUUCACGAGAUGCAGGUGGAAAUAUGAGCAUUCAGUUUCUAGGCACAACGUAUAAAUUGCAGAUCUUGACCAAGCAUGCCGCUGAGCUGAACCGGUUCAUGUUAGAAAAGGUAGCGGAGGACACGAGCAGUACUUUGAGAUCCCCAAUGCCUGGAGUUAUGGUUGCAGUUUCUGUUAAGCCUGGAGAUGUGGUAUCCGAAGGUCAGGAAGUGUGUGUGAUUGAAGCCAUGAAAAUGCAGAACAGCAUGGCAGCUGGGAAAUCGGGCAAGGUGAAGUCAGUUCACUGUAAAGCUGGAGACACGGUUGGAGAAGGAGAUCUUCUUGUGGAACUAGAGUGAAGUACGGCCUUCAGAUGAUUUUAUUAUUAGUCAAUACUCUACAUUUAAUUCGGUAUUAUUGUAACACUCCUCUGCAGCAGAUUUUACAUGGUCACAUUUAUUCCAAAUAUGGUUAACACCAACUUUCUGUCCAGAUCACUAAUGGCAAUUUUUAGCCGUAUAAAUACUUGUAUAUAUGAUUUGUAUUUCUGCUGUAUGGUUUCUAGUGCCCAAAUAAAUCAAUACACCUGUGCAAUUUGCCCAA